ACACAUCAACAAACCGAAUUUUAGACAUCGAAACAUUAAAAUUUUAGUUAUCCGGAAAACUCUGCCCGCCACCCAUAGAGCAAAAUUUCUGGUCUUUUGGAUCAAGGCCUGCCAGCGAGAACGAGAACAUCAACAACCUUUGAACCAACCAUCUAAUCAACUUAUUCGGCUGUAUUUGGAUUAUCCCGUACCCGAGUAAAAGCAUCAUGUCCAUCAGACGCGGAAUGGCCACAACGGCCAGCAAGGAAUGGAGGGACUACUUUAUGAGCACCCACUUCUGGGGACCCGUGGCCAAUUGGGGCAUUCCGCUGGCCGCACUCGCCGAUACACAAAAGAGCCCCAAGUUCAUAUCGGGCAAAAUGACACUCGCUCUGACGCUCUACUCGUGUAUCUUCAUGCGCUUCGCCUACAAGGUGCAGCCCCGGAAUUGGCUUCUGUUCGCCUGCCAUGCCACCAAUGCCACGGCCCAGUCUGUGCAGGGCCUGCGCUUCCUCCACUAUAACUAUGGCGAAAAGGAUCAGUCGGAGUAAGCGAUGCUCUCCCUCCACCAGCCUGACCCUCCACAAGCCCCGAAUCACAAACGCGCGAUGCCUCUUCAAAUAUUUACCCAACAGCAGCUACAACAAUUUACUGGCGACACGCAACGCACAUGCAAAUUGUACUGCCCAUCAGGCACCAGUGGUGCAGUAAUUGCCGCGUUCAACACCACACAGCUGGCUGAAUCUCAUCACUGGACAAACUGAAGUUGUCAUGCCACUGCGGUUGACCUUUGACUGUAUUCGUUUAAUGGCGCUUUGGAGAGCUCAUCGCGCGACGCAGCCGCACCCCGCACAAUACCGAUUCCAAUUCCAGAUUAGUCUAAUGCAAAUGAGCACAUUUUUUGUUUGUAAAUUGUUGGCUACACCAAUACCAUACGUUCGGCGGUUGUUCAAA